UUAGUCAUUUUCCGGUCCGUCUGAUUCUACUUUAUUUUUCGAGCCUUUCCCUCGUAUGCCUAAAAUGGAUUCAAACACGACUUUUGAGCGUGAGAGUUUAUUAAAAAAGAGCAAUUCACGUAGUGAAAUCUGGAAUUUCUUUGGGUUUUUGCCUGAUGAGGCCAGAAAACCAAUCGACGACGAAAAACCAAUCUGCCGUCAGUGUCUCCAGAGAUUUCAGGCCAAAGGUGGAAACACCAGCAACCUCAUUAAACACCUCCGGACUCAUCCUGCUGCUUUUGCAGAAUACACAAAGAAUCAAAACGAUGCUGCUCUAAUCAGUGCCCAAAGCCAUACAGCUCAACCAGCUACCAGCAGGCUGCAACCUACAAUUGACAAGCUCUUUGAGAAAGCCAAGAAGUAUGAAUCAACGUCCAAAGAAGCAACUAUUCUAAACAGAGCAGUGACCGAGUUCAUUUGUAUGGACCAAAUCCCAAUAUACACUGUGGAAAAGUGUGGAUUUAAGCAGCUAGUAAGCAAACUCAACAGCAAAUAUGAGCUGCCCAGCAGAAACUUUUUUAUGAACAAGGAAAUACCAAAACUGUACACAGAAACUAGAGAGAAAGUAAAAGCAGAACUUGAAGGAUCUAGAUUUUAUGCCUGCACAACAGACUUGUGGAGCAGCAGAACAAUGCAGUCCUACAUGGCAGUAUCUGCUCAAUUUAUAAAAAAGGAUUGGCAGAUGGAGUCAUGGUGCCUGGGCUGUGCUGAACUUAAUAGUGACCACACAGCAGAAAGCCUGAGCGAGGCCUUUACUGAGAUGCUGAAAGAGCAGUGGGGCCUGGAUUUACACCACAUGGCAGGAAUUACUACUGAUAACGCUUCAAAUAACAAAAAGGCCUUCUCUGAUUAUAACUGGAUUCCAUGCUUUGGGCAUAAUAUUGACCUGGCAAUUCACAAGGGCCUCAAUGUUGAUCCUGUAGCAAAUACCUUGUCUCGGCUCAGAAGAACCAUCUCUGCUUUUUCAAGGUCCACCAAGCUGACAAGGCAGUUAAAGUCGAAGCAAGCUGACCUUAGUCUACCACUGCACAAACUGAUACAUGACGAACCUACACGAUGGGGGUCAACAUUCGAUAUGGUGGAUCGCUUUUUGGAACAGCAGCAAGCUGUUUAUGCUGUUUUAACUGAUAACCGAAAUAAAUGGCACCUCAUGCCAAAAGAAUCAGAUGUUACUACAAUGGAAGCACUGCAAAGUGUACUUGGACCCCUAAGGGUUUUCACUGAUGCACUAAGUGGGGAGCAGAAUCCCACAAUAUCCUCAGUCCUCCCACUGCUGUGGAAAGCUGAAUCAAUUUUGACUGUAUCUGCCUCUGACAGCAACCUAACUUCCAGCAUCAAGGGUUGCAUAAGGACUGAUUUGCAAAGCAGAUACAAUCAGGAAGAACUGCUAGCCACUUUGAGAUGUUCUACAUUUUUAGAUCCGAGAUUUAAAGACACUUUUGUGUUUAAUCUACAGCAGGUGGAAGCUCAGUUUCUGCAUCACAUGGAACAUAUGGUGGUACAUGCAGUCCCAUCAGUGGAGGUCCCAAAUCAGCAGCCUUGUACAAAGUCAGUGAUAAGUGGACUUUUGACAGGUAUCAUGGCUGAGAAAAGAGGAGCAACAUCACAUGCAGUUGGGGAUGAUGUUACAUUCUCUGGAGCAAACACACAGCUAAAGUUAAGGAGAGAACUGGAUGUAUACCAAAAACUUCCAGAGAUAGAUCCAGGAGACAGCCCACUCAGAUGGUGGAGAAUAAAUGAGGUCAGCUUUCCGGUCCUGUCAACGUUCGCAAGAAGAUACCUCUGUAUAUCUGCCACAAGUUGUGCAUCAGAGCGCAUUUUUAGCUCAACAGCGGAGACUCUUGUUACUGUCCGGAAAGUCACUCACCCUCCUUUGCGACAGCCGUUAGCGGGCUCAGCUCUCCUCCCAUGUGUGUUCGCCCUGUCUCCUGACCUCUCUCAGGGUCACGGCCCGUAUAUUCACUGGACCCGAGGCUCAGGAGAUCGGGAGAGGACGGUUUUUUCCGCCCGGGACGGUGUGGUGAGGGUACACCAGGCGUACGCGGGACGGGUCAAUCUGCCCGGAUACUCUGCCAACCCUCUGAACGCAUCACUGGAACUGUCGCACCUGCGCUGCAAUGAUUCCGGAACCUUCCGCUGUCAUGUCGCCCUGGGAGACAAAUAUGAGCAAGAUACGGUGAACCUGGAAAUCACAGGUGUUGUGUUUCAUUACCGAGCGCCGACGGACCGAUAUUCCCUCUCCUAUGAGGAUGCAGUCAGGGCGUGCGAGCAGAAUUCGGGUCACAUUGCCACCCCGGAGCAGCUGUGGGUGGCGUUUCACUCGGGCAUGAACAGCUGUGCAGCCGGAUGGCUGAAAGAUCAGACUGUCAGGUAUCCCACUCAGAGACCUGAGCUCGGUUGCUAUGGACACACAGAAUAUUCUCGCGGGGUAAGGAAUUAUGGGAAACGGGACCCUUCUGAAUUGUUUGAUGUGUACUGUUUCGCCAAUGAGAUGCACGGUGAGGUGAUUCCUGUCUCUGUUCCUGAUAAACUGACUCACUCUGAGGCGGCGGCUCACUGUCAGGUGUUGGGCGGUGGGCUGGCGACCGUCGGGCAGCUUUAUCUGUCCUGGACAUCUGGACUGGAGCACUGUGAGGGCGGUUGGUUGGCUGAUGGGAGCGUGAGGUCGUCUGUCAGUUCAGGGUGUGCGGGUGCUGAACCGGGCGUCCGAACCGUUACACCAGCAGAGUUGAUCGAUGAAGCCGCGCGCUUCGAUGCUUACUGCUAUCAAGAGACGAAAUCACAGAAGGCUCUCACCAGCAUUGUAAAGUCUCUGCUGAAGCCGUGGAGGUACAUGACCAGCGACGAGGACGAUUCACAGCAGAACCCAAAAUCUUCCUCUGUCAAACACACAUCCAGUGGAGAGCAGGAGCUGUCUGACCUUCAGCCCUCUAACUGGACCGGACAGGUGGAUUUGAACAAAGAGCUCCAUGUGGCCGCCGAGCCUCCCGAGCUUUCCGCCGAGUAUCUGACGGUUCUUCUGAGAGCCGAAGACACGUCUCUGGACUGGAGCGGCCAGUUGGACUCGUUCCCGGAUGGCAAACAGACACUCCCCGGCCUGGCGUCAGAUAUCGUUUCGGAGAGUCCCGGUGGAUCAGCCCGAGAGGAAGAAGAUGAAGGUCUGUCGGGUCAGUCCGUCACACCUGCAGCCUCCUCAGAGACCACGCAGGGAAAGGCCAAGAGUUCCUUCACUAAUAUCGUCGGCACGUUGUGGAAACCCUGGAGUUACCUGAAAGGAAGUGAGAUGGAGACGACGUCCAAGAGCACAGCUGCCACAAAAACUCCCUAGACGAACGUCAAACCUACAGCAGCUUCCGGCUCAGGGUUGAUGUCAUGGUGGAGCAGCUCAUGGCUCUCUGGACUUUCAUCCGUCACUGAGAAAUCAAUCACAUCUCAUCAAUCCGUGAGCUCAGCAGUGCCUGUGACUGUCACCGAAGAUGGAUCCGACAUCAUCCGGCCCGCUCAGACUAGACAGAACGCUCCGGUGACACGGGAAGAAUGGGUUCUGGUGACGGAGAUACCCGGGCGUAAAGUAGAAACCCCUGUCCUCACCUCUGAGACGGAGGAAGAAGUCGAGGUCUCUCGAUCCACAGAACCCGUGCGACGCCUGUCACUGAUGGAGAGCUUCUCCGGAGAGAGCCGAGGCUCUGAGAUAGAGGGAAGCUCGUGGGGUGAUACAUACCUGCUGUCCCAGAAGAUGUUCACGGUGGCGACGUUGAGUACCUCAUCGCUCACAGAGAGCAGCGCCACAACCACGCUCAACAGUGACGAUGUGAUGGAGGCCCGUGGGGAAAUUCAGUACAGACGAAGAAAUAAAUUCAGAAGACCAAGCCACAGUACCACAGAGAUGACAACAACAGUCACCCAGAGCACAACUGUGUCUUCUGGCAGUGAAAAUAGAGGAACAACCAUCACAGCAUCUCCAGAUGAGUCUCAGAUGGCAACACCGGCUGUCAGCAUCACUGAGAAAGAUCUCAGCAUCACGGACAAAGAUCCUAAGGUCAUGGAGAAAGAUCUCAGCGUCACAGAGAAAGAUCUCAAAGUGACGGACAAAGAUCUUAAGGUCAAGGAGAAAGAUCUCAGCGUCACAGCGAAAGAUCUCAACGUGACAGACAAAGAUCUUACGGUCACGGAGAAAGAUCUCAGUGUCACAGCGAAAGAUCUCAACAUCUUAGAGAAAGAUCUCAGUGUCACAGCGAAAGAUGUCAAUGUGACGGAGAAAGAUCUCAACGUCUUAGAGAAAGAUCUCAGCGUGACGGACAAAAAUAUUAGCAUCACAGAGAAAGAUCUCAGCAUCACCGGAAAAAAUCUCAGCAUCACCGGAAAAAAUCUCAGCGUCACUGAAAAAGAUCCCAGCGUCACUGAAAAAGAUCUCAGCGUCACUGAAAAAGAUUUCAGCGUCACGGAGAAAGAUCUCAACACAACAGAGAAAUAUCUCAACAUCACAGAGACCAUCAUAAACAACGGUUCCACUGGACAAACAGGGGUUGACAGAUGCAGUUGUCUUCACGGAGGAACGUGUCUUCCACACGGAGAGGGUUUCAGAUGUUUGUGUCCGCAGGCGUACUCUGGAGAGAGCUGUGAAAUCGAUGUGGAUGACUGUCAGUCAAACCCCUGUGAGAAUGGAGGCACCUGCAUUGAUAAAGAAGAUUCAUUUGUGUGUCUGUGUUUGCCCAGUUACAAUGGAGACAGAUGUGAGAGAGACACAGAGGGUUGUGAACACGGCUGGAAAAAGUUUCACGGGCACUGUUACCGGCUCUUUCCUCACAGACACACGUGGGAGGAUUCAGAGAAGGACUGUAGAGAACACAGCAGUCAUCUGACCAGCAUCACAUCAUCCAUGGAGCAGGACUUUCUCAAUGGUUUAGGUCACGAGAACGUUUGGAUCGGCCUCAAUGAUCGAACGGUUGAAGAGGAUUUCCAGUGGACCGAUGGAUUAGAUGCUGCGUACGAGAACUGGCGUGAGAAUCAGCCGGAUAAUUUCUUUGCGGGAGGAGAGGACUGCACGGUCAUGAUCUCCAGAGAGGACAGCAAAUGGAACGACGUGCCGUGCAACUACAAUCUGCCCUACAUCUGCAAGAAGGGAACGGUGAUGUGCGGCACACCUCCGGCGGUGGACAAUGCUUAUCUGGUGGGCCGCAGACGGUCACAUUAUGACAUCCACGCUGUGGUUCGGUAUCAGUGUGAUGAUGGAUUUUUUCAGAGACACGUACCGACCGUCCGCUGCCGACCCAACGGAACCUGGGAGAGACCCAAGAUCAUCUGCACCAAGUCACGACGAUCCCUCCGUUACCGCCGGCAGCACCACAGAUCUCACCGUGAGCAUCGGCGACACAGGAGACAUGGGUCUAUUAACAGGGGGCGGGAUUAAACCACAGGGGUGGAGUUAGAAGUGAAGGACGUCCCCUCUGACCCCUGUGACAUCAGUUCCUGCGUUUGAAAAAAGGAAACCGUGAUGGACAGAAACAAUCGCUCCUCUAAUCUCCUCCUCUUCAGACCACAGUUUUACUCUGUGAUUUUACUUUUUUACUACCGUUAAUGUUUAUAGGUUUCAUUAACCAUUUGUUUUCGGAACGUUCUUUACUAACAACACGUCUUCAUCUCAAGGGCCUUCAGAAGGUCACUUCGGUCAUAUGAUGUUGAGCUGCAGGUUGAUCUGAUGUUAGUCUGGAUGUGUAGGAUGUUGGUGUUAUGUCAAGAUUUUUUAAGGAUGUGGUCUCUGACAUUCUUACCAGGUUGUGUCAAAAAAGAGCGACAAUUACGCUUUUGAAUGUUUUUAAAGGUUGACAUCAGAUGACGGCUUCCACAAUUACUUGUGAUCAGAACGUUAAAACACGGCCACUUUUUAGAAAGCUUGUGCUGUUGUUAUUGAAUUUAGAUGUAAUGUUUUAAAGUCAAGUCACACAACAUUGUUGUCUUUAUGGUCUAUUGUUGCUGUCAUUUGUGAUUUCUUAGGUUGUUCCGUCUGAAUUAUUUUAUACAUUCUGCUCAUUUGCAUGUAAAACCACAGAAAGCAGAAAAAAAGUAUUUAAUUUUUCGUCUUGUUUUGCAAACACAUUGGAUCUGCUAUCCUGUGUGAUUUAAGAUCAGCUAUCUACAAUUUACUGAAUGUUCUACAUUCACAUAAUCUAUAUUAUGUAUUUGGCAACACUGGGAAAAAGAUUCUGUUAAAAAAACCAACAUUUUCUGUCAGCUGAGAAAUAUACCGUAAAAUAACAUUUUUUUUCUUGUAAAAUUAUAGGAUAUAAGGAUAUAUAAUAAAUGUUUUCCCCUUUUUUUGUAAAUUAGCUUUCUUUUUCUGUAAUUUUACAGUUUUCGACCGCAUUUCAAAAAUACAUCAAAAUCUGGGUAAAAAAACAGUAAAAUUCUGUUUUUUUACAUUUUACGUGGAAAAUCUGUAAAAAAAUAACAGGGAAAAUUCAAACCUAUGUGAUCUGGCUGUUGCUAGCGCCAUGAGAGAUAGCUGAUAGAUUCCUGUCAUGUUUGUGUUGUUUAAAAUCAUUUGUCGAGGUUUUGUUGCAUAUUUCUCAUUCUCGGCUUUGAGAAUAAUAACAGUAUGAAAGGUUUCAUGUUUAUCUGCAGACCCCGCUGAAGUGUGAAGACGAUGCUGUGAGGGUGUAUUUCACAUGCCUCCCUUUAACCCCCGAAGUGCGUGUGGUUGUGUUUGUGUGCGCACUGUCACUGUUUUGUUUUUUAAAGGAUGAGUCUCACAAGGGAAACAGUAUUACCAAAUAUACUCUUUUCUUUAUGAUACAAUAUAAAUUUCAGACAAAAAGUCUCCAAGUGGAAAAAUCGAAUUGAAUUCACAUAUACUGUAUGUGUAGAAAGAAAACGUUUAAAGGUUGUUGGCUUAAAAUGUGAGCUGGAUGAGUUCAAGAGGUUUCGGGAUAUCAGCGGUGCCUUUUACCACCUUUACAAGAGAAACGAAACCGAAUCUCACACCCAGACAAACAUUUGUUUUGUAUAAUUGUUCAUUCCGAUGCGUUUGGAUGUGUUUUGUGUUAAACCAACGUAGAGUUUCUUCAUUAAUACAAGCGAGAUGAUUGAAGAGGAUGAAAGUGGAUCUCAAUCUCUUUCUAAUGUUUUAUGGCUUCAUUUGAUCUUUGUUGCUGUUUUUUCUAUUAAACUCAAAACCAACAGUAAAACUGAUUGAAACAUAACUGAUGUUGUUUGAGGUCCUUUAAAGUCAGAUCUUUAACACAAACAAUGAUCUUAUUUUUCACACUAACUUUUUAUCUUUUGUAUGUCUUAACUGUAAACAUUGCUGAUGUACACCAAUGUUCAGAAAAUAUGGGUAACACUUUACGGUAAGGGUACAUGAAUUCAUGCAUAAAUUCAUGCAUGGACUAAACAUUACUUCAUGCAUUAAUACCUCAUGAAUUAUCAGGAAGUAACACGAGUUCAAAGUCUUCCAUUCAUGACUUCACGGAAGAACAACAUCUUAAUUAAAACAUUAACUAAGAUGGGUACAUCAUCAUGAAUUAUGCUUUAUUACGCAUGAUCAUGAUAUUUUCAAUAAAGUAUCCAAGUC